AUGAAAAAUAAGUAUAUUUUAUUGCCUUCUUCACAUGAUGAAUAUGAAAUUUCCGAUAAUCGUUCUUUAGAGAUUGAUGACAAUGUCCCGGAACUCAAAGUAGAUGAUCCAGAGGUUGACAAUGAAGCUUCUG